AUGACAUCACCAGGCCAGAUACUGCGAUGGCUGAUUUUGAUGAUUGGUCUCAUGUCGACCGGCAUCUCUGCGGUGGUCCAAGUCAUCCACGAUCCAGUUGAUAACAGUUCUGGAGCCAAUCACCAGCUUGGGCUCCGGACCUGCCUAUGGGUCAUCACGCAAGCAUUCAACGGGUGGCAAGAGUCCAUCGUUACUGUUGCUCCAUGGCAGUACCUUCGCUGGGGCCAGGAGACCUGCGUGGUGCAAGUUGUGAACAACCAACCUUCCGCGUUUAAUGUUCUCGGAGGCGACCUUGCGCAGGGUUUCACCGAGAUGCUAACGGUGGCCGCAGCCAGCAGGCCCCCGACGUUCUUGGUGGCGCACUCGGAUCGGUUCGGCGGCAACGUCGGCUUCGCCCAGAAGCGCGGGGCGGAUGGUGCCUCCGGCGAGUUCGAGCUCCCUCCCAACGUCACCGCAGCAGAUCCCGCGGAAAACGAGUUCGCUGCUCACGUGUCCGGCAUCGACUUUGAGGCCCUGUGGACGGCGGCCGAAGCAGCCGCGAGCGAUGCCGCGGCCCACGAGGACGACGGACUUGUGGAGAGAGAUGGCCCAUCCAGCACGAAAUGGGACAACAGCAAUGGCGGUAGCAUUAGCGAAGAGAACAUCGGCAAUGGCAACAGUGACAUCCCGGAACCAGGCAUCUCCAAGCGCGCCAGAUACUCAUUGUCAGGGUGCAACACUGUCACCCUCAACACCAACGGCGACAAGAGCAGGGAAUGCAAAUGUACGAGUUUCCAGUCCGGCCUGGUCGGCCGCUUUCAAGUGCGCUGCAAUGCGAACAAAUCUGUUCACGGAGACUGGACCAAGCAGAAGAUCUAUAAUGCGAUUGGGUCGUUGCGGAGCCAAAUUUACCAAGUUUACAACUUGACCGCCAACACUCAGUGGCCUCCAAAUGUCGUCACCGUCACCGGCAAGCUCAAUGAGGGUGCUGUCCUGUUUGUACCGUGGCGGAACGCGGAGGAUAACCGCCCCAGUCGUGAUGGUGCCAGCUGCUGCGAACGGCUGACGACUCAGCUAGCGGGGGAAUUCGGCUGGGCGCCUACCGCCUGUACUUGCGAUGCUCUCGACUCCAAGGGCCAUUCGGCAGGCUGGCACUAG